CUCUUGGUGCGGAGGACCAAGGGGCUGCUCUUUGUCACUGGAGGAGUCGCCAGGCGGGUAGCUGACAACUGUCUUGGCGAUGUUAGGAAAGUCUGUUGAUGAGGUUUCUGAGAGCGUGCUGGUGUCUUUAGGUGGCCUGUAGACUGCCUUGUCUGCAGAGAGCUGUCAUCGUUCUUUAAAAUUAUAAAUAUUAAGCAACAUGCCAGAGAAAGAUAACGCCUUCAACAAUAAUAGUGACAAGGCUGGGCACAGCUCGAGUGACAUCUGCAGAGACUUCAUGCGCAAUGUCUGCAAACGGGGGAAGCGUUGCAAGUUCCAUCACCCGGAGGUUAAUGAAGCGUCCGAGCUCAGCGCCUUGAAUGGGGAGGUGCCCCUGGGCAAAGGGGAAGUGCCCGUCUGCCGCGACCAUUUGUAUGGCGGUUGCCAGCGUGGGUCCAGGUGCAAAUUCCUCCAUUUUGGAGGCGAUAGCGCCGGUGUGCCUCGUGAUAAGACCUCGCCAUCCUUCGCCGAUGUCUAUGAUGAAUACGGCCACUUGCUGAAGAGGCGGUGGGUGGAGAGCAUGCGCUCUGACUCGUACGAUCUUGGCGUGCCGCGCCCAUUCCCGGUCGACUACCGCUACCUGGAGGAGGAGAACCUGAUGCUGCGGAAGCGGGUGGAGGAGCUCAAGAAGCACGCGUCGAACCUGAUGGCCACCAACGAGAUCCUCCUUGAGCAAAACGCCCACUACCGCAACCAGCCCAAGGUGGUGACGCUGACCACGGCGGCCGAGCAGCUCGUGGCGCCGCCCACCGUCGCCGCCGUCACCGCCUACAACCACAGCAUCGUGCAGGCCCACAACUCGCUGAGCAGCCAGGCGCUGCAGCCGCGGCAGGACCUGGUGGUGCCCGCCAGCGCCGGGCCCCCCUCCAGCGCCGCCCCGCCCCCUCCCCCCGGACCGCACCUGACGCCCGAGCUGGCCCUGGCCCAGACUAUCGCCCAGGGAAUGGCCACACCAGUUUCCAUGGCAGCUGUCACUGUCUCCAUCACACAGCCGAUCCCGGGCAUCACCAUGAGCCACGCCACGACACCGAUGGUCAGCUAUGCUCUUGCAUCGCAGAGCAUGGGGAUCACACCGAUUCCUCACUGAAGGGCCAAGAUGGCAAAAAGGAUUUUGCUCCCAGCUUCUUGUAAAGUUUUCACUUUUGUGCAGUUGCUCGCAGGUUUAGCUGUAAACUUUUGAAUCACAUGACAUUAAAUAUAGAAUUCCAGUGUGCCAGAUAAGUUUACAUUUGAUUCUUGGUCUUAAUAAUCUUUCAAUUUUUCCACUGCUGGGAGCAUCAAAACUGCUCUACGGUUGCCAGUAAAAUUUCCUAUUCUGUCCAGGUUUCAGGGGUGAUGUCCCGUGAACAAAGGGCCCAUCGUUCUCUCAAUUAAACAAGACUGCAGCCAACAGAGAGAGAGAAAGCAACAUUUCGACUCAAUACCCCAAUGCCCAGAGUCUCUGUAUUAUCACAGCCCACUGACAGGUUACAUGUGCAAUAUGAUGGUAUGCAGAGCUCACACAUUCCCAUGGCCUUUUUUUUUUAAAGCGCUGCACGUUCUGCUCCAUCACUCUAAUCCUUAAUUUAGACGAUUUCAAUUCAAAUGUAAUCUUUGGCACACAGCUUCCAAGAGAAAAGAUCCUUUGUCAAGCUUUGUGUUUAAUUUAAAAUCAGCUUGUGCAUCUUAAUGUGCAAAGUAUUUGUUUUCCUUGAGCGUUCAUGAAAAGUUUAGGCACUGAUAUUUUUUUUAAAGAUUAUAUUCCACUACUUAAGGAUCCUGAUGUCAAUGUGAAUUUCAGGAUUUGGGAGAUGACCUCAUAAAUUCUGCAAACAAGCUUCCACUGUUUGUCUUUCACCUACACUGCUUACACUUCCUGCCUCCCACUUCUCAAAUAAAGCGUCUUGUAAUUUGCUUCAAAA